AUGACUGUUAUCUAGAUUAUUAAUUUAAUAAAAAUUAUUAAUUAAAGGCGGUCUUUUUGUAAUAAUUAAGUAAAUAAGUAUAAAUUAAUAACAAAGAUAAAAACAGGUUUAACAAGUAUAAGCAGUUACUUUAAAGAUAUGAUACAUUUAGAUACUUAUUUAGAAAAUUAUGAGUCUAAAUUAGAAGAAAUUUAGAAUUCUACUGUUUAUGUUAAGAGCUAUAAAAAACCAAAAAUUAAAAUAAGUCGUCUAUCAGAAGAAAGAAAGUUUGUACCUGUUGAAUUAGAUAUUGAGAUCAACGAAAAUUUAGUUAUAAAGGAUAGAUUUGAUUGGAAUUUAAAUGACGAAAAUGUUUCAGUAGAAGAUUUUGUUAAUGAGUUAUGUGAUACAUUGAAUCUUCCUGAAAUAAACAGGACUAGGCUAAAAUCUUCUCUGAUUUACUAACUUAUCGACUACGUAGAAAGAAACACAUAUAAUCCAAGGUUAAAGAAUAAAGAUUAAAAAAAUGAUGAUGAAGAAUAUGAAUUAGAUGAAGAUAUAAAAGAAGGAAUUGCAAAUAGUUCCAAAAUUAAUGGUUUAAAUGAAUCAAAAUUAUAAAGCUAGCUAAGAGAGUAAUAAGAAGAAGACUAAAAAAAAACUGCUAGACAGCGUAAAUUAGAUGAAAUGAGGAGAUCCUCUAAUUCUUAAAUACAACCUAUUGGAAAGGCAUCAUAUAUUAGGGAUAGACGUAGUUGUAAAAAUUGCAAUUAUGUAAAUAAUGCCCCAAGUUUUGAAUGUAAAAAAUGUAAAAUUGCUUUCUAUAUCUUGGAUAUGCUAGAUCUUUCUUAAUGGAGAGUAGCCUAGGCAGUUUAAUAUUAUGAGAUAUGUCUAUCUUACUUCCCUCUAUUAGGUGACUAUGUGAAGGAUUACACAAAUUUAUUAAGCGUUUAGGAUUUUACUAGUAUUUACUCUUUGAAGAUAGCUCUUAUGAAAUUAUUUCCAACAAUGAAAGAGCUAACAGAAAGUAAUUUAAAAAUUGUAAAUGAAAAAUUAGAAGACCUCUUUGCUAGUUUUCUUGCUGGUAUUGUUGUUUAUAGGUAAGAAGAAGAAGUUUUACCAUAAAAGAGAAGAGGAAGAAAAUCUAAAGCUUGGCACGAAGAUUAAGAAAAGAGAAAAAAAGAAAAAAAGGAGAGAAAAGAAAGAGGUGAAAUAGUUUCUAGUGAUGUUGAGGACGAAGAUGAUAGUGAUGAUGAAGAUGACUUAUAAGCAAUUAACAAAAAGAUCUAGGAAAUUGAGCAAUAAGCUAAUAAUUAAGCAAGUUAGAACGGAAUAAAUAAUGGUACAUAAAACACAAAAGAUGCAACAAAUUAAGAUAAUAUUGAAAAAGAGGAUGAAAGUAAUCAAGGUGCUUAAAAUGAAGGUGAUUAAGAAUCUAACACUGAUGGCAGUGUAGUUAUUAGAAGGGGGAGAGGAAGACCUCCAAAAAAGCAAACAUAUUAAGGGAAAAAGAGAGGCAGAAAACCAAAAAGUAUGAGUGAAUCACUUAUAAGGGCUUCUUCUAAAAAUAUUGGAGAUUAAGAUAAAGAAAAAGAUGAAGAGGGAGCAUAAAUGUAAGAUGAUAUUAACAUUAAGGAAAAUUAAUCUGAUGGGGAUGAUGAAGGUGAUGAAGGAAACUCUAAAAUAAAAAACGAUGAAGAUAAUUAAAAAGAAGAUAAAAUGGAUGAAGAGUCCCUUCAUAUUACUAAAAAUACAUCUGUCGAUUCUAAAGCAGUUAAAAGUGAUCUAAAUAAAAAAAAGGACAAAUAUCUAGAGGAAGAUGACGAAGAUUAAUUUGAUGUUGAUGAUGAAGAUGAUGAAGAUUACGGAAGUGUAGCUAAAAAAUCUUCAGGCAAAAGAGGAAGACCUCCAAAAAAUAAAUCUAUUGUCUAAGGAAAGAGAGGUAGAAAACCAUUAGCUAAAAAAGAUGAAAAGUAAUAAAUGAUCGACGAAGAGUCUGCAUAAAAUUAAUAGAAUGAUAAAGACUAGUAAAAUUAAUAAAAUGAAAAUAGUUAAAAUGCAGAAGGAAUGGAGGUAGAAAGUGCAUCAAAGGUAGAUGAUAAAGAAAAACAGUCUAUUGCUUAAGAAACGGAUUCAAAAAUAUAACAAUCUUAAACAUAAUCAAAAAUAUCAAAACGAAGAGUAGAAGAUGAUGAAGAAUCAAACUAAGUUGUAGAAGAUAGUUAAGAUGAGGAAUUCUAGGUCAAAAAGUAACCAGUAAAGACAGGUAGAAGAGGUAGACCUAGAAAAGAGGAGUAUUAACAGAAAUAAUAAAACGAGGAGACUGAAUCAGAAGAUUAAGAAAGUUCGAAUUUCCCUAAUAAAAAACAAAAAAUCAUAUAAAAACCAUUAAGAACAAGAUUUACCAGACACUUACAGCAUUUAUCAAACAGUGGAGAAGAAAACAAAUAACAAGGAUAAGAUGAAGAAGAUAAAAAGGAAUCCAACAAAAUACAGGUCAAAAAAUCAUUAAAUUUACGAAGCAAACUUUAAGAAAAUUCAGAAGAUGAUGAAGAAAAAGAUAAGAGCUAAACAAAUUAAGAUGAAGAAGAUUAUGAAGAAGAAGAUAAGAGAAAAAGAAAGAAAGAAAAGAGUAACCUUAAGAAAAAAGAUAUUUCUGAUGAUUAUGAUGAUGAAGAUGAAGACUUUGAUUAGAAGAAAACAAAAGUUGGUAAAAAGAAAGAAAAGCUAUAAAUAGAUGAUGAAGACAAUAGUAAUGAUAAAGAUAUUAACAGUUCAAGCAAUCAAGAUAAAGAAGAUAAUGAUGAAAACCAGUAAAACGAUGAAAGCUAAGGAGAAGAUUAAGAAAAAUCUGAAAAUUAAAGUUAAGAAGAUGAAGAUGAUUAAUCUAUGGAAAAUGAAGAUGAAGAUGAGGAACAAGAGAGUGAGAACAGUGGAGAACAAUAAGAAAGUGAAGAAAGUCCUGCUAAUGGAGUGAGAACAAGAAGGUCAUAAAGAACUAAUAGUAAUGAUUCAAAUACACAAAAGAAAAAAGAAAUACCUAAAUAGAAAAAAAUAGUAAAAGAUAAAUCAAGCUCUUAUAAAUCAGAAUAAACAAGUGAUAUGCCUAGAAAAAAAGGAAGACCUCCUAAAAAAAUAAUUUAAAGAGGACGUAAAAAAUGA